AGGGGGUUGGUGCCAGAGCCUCAGCCCGGCUGCGGGGGCGUGUCCCGGGGCGGGCAUCCCCAGGCCCCGGCUGAGGAGGGGCCAGCCUGGUGGCCGCGGAGGGGCCAGCGGCGGCCAGAGACUCAGUGCAGGGCGGAGGGCGCGGGCCGAGCGGGGCCAUGGAGCGUGGGGUGGCGGAGGCGGCUGGGCCCGGGGACCUGCUGCAGGCCCUGCUGGAGGGCGCCGGGGGCCGGGGCCGGGUGCUUCUGGUGGCUGAGCUGUGGGAGCGGGAACAGAGCCGCAGCCUAAUGAGGGACUUCGCCCGCCACGUCUUCCCGGAGCCGCGGGAGGAAGAGGAGGAAGAGGAGGAGGAAGCAGAAGAGAAGGAGGAGGAGGAGGAGGAGGAGGAGGGAGGAGGAGGAGAGGAGGAGGAGGAGGAGGAAGAGGAGGCGCGGGCGGCUGGCAGCAAGCCCGGAGGCCCGCAGGAGGCGGAGGCUGGGGAGGCCAGCGGUAAGCCCGGAGGCCCGCAGGAGGCGGCGGCGGCGCGGGCUCCUGGCAGCGGACCCCCGGAGCGGGCCAUCCGCUCCCCACUCGUGUUCGUGCUGUGCCGAGAAGCUUCUCUGCGGGCCCCGGAGCCGCGCCUGCGCCUGCGGGAGAUCCUGCGGGACGUGCGCGCUCGGCGGCGGCAGCGGCCUCGUUGGCGGCCCAGGUGGCGGCCCCUUCCUUGGGGGCACGCGGGGGACUGCGGUGGAGGAGGCGGCGCAGCGCUAGUCGGGGUGCUGGUGGAGGAGCCUGGCGGCGGCCGCGCCAACAGCCAAGGCGCGGAGGAGGGAAGCGAGGCCGAGGCCAUGCACCUGCUGGAGGCACUGUUGCGCUCCGUGUUCGGUCGGGACGCGGGCGGCCCAGUGCAGGCGGCCUCCUACUGCCCCGUGCGUCCGAGCAGCGCCGCAGAAGUGCAGAGCGCAGCCUGCAGGGCCUUGCGAGCAGCCGCGGGCCAGCGGCCUCCAGAGAGGCUGAGGGAGAGGCUGGGAUUCCAAAGGCUGCUAGGAUGUUUUCCUUGGUCAUCAUGGAGCAGGAGGAAGGGCUGGGCCAACACCACUACCACCAGCCCAGCUGAGGAUGGUUUCCAGGACCCCUCAGAGGAGCUGGCACUGACAGUUCUGUCUCCCAAUGGACACUGUGAGGACAUCGAGGGAAGGACAGGGGCCUAGAUGCCCCAGGCCACCACCCAGAUCCUGGAGUGACAGGCUGUGAGCACCAAUGGGACUUAGGACCUUUGGGUUCUGUUCCUGCCCCUGCCUCAUCUUGAAGGCUGGAGCUGGGCCGUUCCCUAUUCUAUGCUCCAAUCUGUCUCCAUCCCAAGUGGAAAGUGAUGGUACCUGCCACCUCUAUACCUUUCACUAGUGUGGUGAGACAGGGUUGGUGAUCAGAGAAGAAGUGUGCCUCACUGACCUGAGCAGCGGAUGGCAAAAUUGGGCUUUCUGGGAUCUGCUCCUAGCCCAGAGCUAUCUUACUCUGUGUUCAAGGCUGUUACUUCAUUACUCUAUGCCUCAGUUUAUCAGUCUGUAAAUUGAAAGGAAGAUACACCCACCUUGUAGUGGUGUUAUAUGAAGUCCCUACCUUGGGAAGGGUGACAUAGGACUUUGUAGAUCUACAGUGUUAUAGAAAUCUCCAUGUUGGUCAAUGUGCGUGAUGGGCUUUGCGUGUGUGCUCAGUCAUACACAUUCCUCAUUUCCACUAUCAUGUAGUGGAAAGAACAUUAACCUAGAAUUUAGGAUACCUAGGCUCUGACACUAGCUCACUAACUGAAAAACUAGGGGCCUCCACUGCCUUAUCUGUAGAAUGAAGGGAAUGGACCAUGUGACCUUAAAAGGUCUUUUCCAGCUAUGACAUUCCUAGAUUGCGUCCUCGAGAAUAAAUAGAUACACCUCGAGGAUAAAUAAAUACACUGUAAAAAAAGUCUCUUAAAAGCACUGGAAGUUCAAGCCAAGUCUAUACAUAAUUUGACUUUUUAGUGUU